UGUUUGUUACAUACAGCCACCAGCGGUGGAAAAAACACCUGACAGAACAGGAACUACAAGUAGGAACAGUUUCACACUUUCCCUUAAGUUUAUUUCCUCGCAGCACAGUGGCAAGAAAACCUGUUGAACUUCAGUUUGUAUCUAAAUGUAUUCCAGUUUCAAAGUGUGGAAGCUGCUACAUGUGCCAGUCUUACACUCUAAACCCUGGCUGAGAGGCUUUACUGGCAGGAACUAUCAACUUCCUCGAAAGAUAUCAAAAAGGUGACAUAUCAACAUGGGAAGAAGGCUGCGAGCCAUACUGGUUUUUCUGACCAUCAUCCUGAAGCUGUUUUACAUGACAGAUGCUGCCUGCAGCUGUUCAUCAUCAUCCUGCAACUGUGACCGCCAGGGCUACUCCAGUGUUCCUCAGCACCUACAAACAUCAAUCACUACCCUGUACUUGAGAAAUAAUCAAAUCACCGCUUUACGUCAGUUAGAUUUCUCAAGGUAUAGGAACUUGGUAAAUCUUUACAUAAAUGACAAUGACAUCAGUAGCAUUGAGGUGGGAACAUUCAGUCACACUCCACAGUUACAACGUCUUGAGCUAUAUGGAAACAACCUGACAACAAUUCCACAAGGUGUUUUUGAUGGUCUGAAUCAGCUACGGUACUUGUAUCUCUACAGUAGUCACGUGAAAAUUAUUCCACCUAAUACUUUCACCAAUCUUCAGGGACUAGUCUAUCUUCGUCUCUAUGACAAUGAGAUCAGCACCAUCCCAAAUGCUGCCUUUGCCAACCUACCACAGCUCCAAUAUUUGCGCUUGUAUUCAAACCAGGUAACACAUAUUCAGUCUGGUGCAUUUUCAAACUUGCCUCAACUUCGAGAACUUCAACUGCAAAAUAAUCAAUUAACCAGCAUUCCAACCGUACCAUAUCAGCUUCCAGACCUAAUUACUCUGUAUCUGCACGACAACAACAUAACAGACAUUCCUGCCAACGCAUUUUCAAACCAGCCCAAACUGUCUACUCUCCGUCUUGACACAAACAAAAUCUCAACAGUUACAUCAAUGUCUUUCACAGGACUUACUCAACUCAAUACCCUUUACCUCUUCAAUAAUGAUCUCACUGAGCUUCCAAACUAUCUGUUCUUUGGUCUUUCCAGUCUUCGCGAUCUAUGGCUGUAUGACAAUGCCAUAUUGCAAAUCUUUCCAAACACAUUCACAGGAAUAGGAAGUCUCUCACGCUUGUACUUGUCUGGCAACAACAUGAAAACUUUCCCUAUUAAGGCAUUUUCCGAGAUUUCCUCAAUUUCUCAACUUUAUCUUCAAAACAACCACAUAACAACACUUCACUUCACAGCCUAUGACAAGCUGACAUCAAUCUCUAUAGUAGACAUCAGUAACAACCCAUGGCAGUGUGACUGUAGGAUGGUUGCUUUCAGGCUGAAAAUGACUGGAUCUCCUUUCUUCCAAAACCAGAUCACCUGCACUAAUCCACGAAACUCUGGCCAACUUCUAAAAGAUAUCAAUCCGGAAGACCUGACUUGCGAAGAUCCCACGAUUGUCAGGUUCGAGAAGGUUUAUAACAACUUAGUGGUAGAGGGGGAUACACUCCAUUUGGUCUGUGAAUCCUCAGGGAUCCCAAAACCAGACGUCACAGUCAUUCUCCCAUCUGGACUGAAUGUAACAGUAGAGUCAGGUGGGAGGGUGACUGUGACAGAUAACGGUACCGUGACCAUUACAGAUGUUACGGCAGCAGUAGAUGCUGGUCUGUACAUCUGUAUUGUGACAAGUCCUGUUGGCUCAACAUUUCAAACACUGUCUGUGGAUGUCCAACCAAACAUGCCCUCUACUGUAACAAUGACACCACAGAAUAUCACAGACAAACCUGAAAGCAACAGUAACCCUAUCUCUGGUCCCAGUUACUCUCUGCCUGUUCUCCUUGGCUCUGUUCUUGGUGCAGUGGCGGCCAGUUUUCUCAUUUGUAUCACCAUUUUCUUGGUCUGGUGCAAGAGGAGGGCCAAGAACCCUCCCCCAGGUCCUGAUACAAGUGUUGUUUUUAACAACACAAACACCACAGCUACUGUAAGCAGUGGUCAUGGUCAGACAGGACAGGGUCGGUCCCAGAAUGUGACAAACCCAAGUUAUGCUCAGAGGUCGGCUGUCCCACAGCUGCCUUUAGACCUGUAUGAAGAUGUAGAACUGCCACCAAGCACACACAGACCUAAGGGCACAGGUCCGAAGCAACCUGCAAAAAAGAAGGCCCUGAAACCACCCAACAGGAACAAAGCUCCGGAUGAUGAGCGUCCCCCACCUCCCCCUCCCCGCGCAGGUGCUGCUGCAGGUGCUGCAGCUGUGUAUGCAAAUGAGUCAGCAGCUGCUCUUGACCAUUUGCCCUACUACCAACGCAACCCCUGACAAAAACCUAACUCCUGAUGACAAGCAUCCCUCACCCUCUCUCGACACAUACAGGUGCUGCUGCAGGUGCUGCAGCUGUACGUGUAUGUGUGUACGUGUAUGUGUAUGCAAACUAGCCAGCAGCUGCUCUUGACAACUUGCCCUACUACCAACCCCUGACAAAAACCUAACUCCUGAUGACAAGCAUCCCUCACCCUCUGUCGACUCAUACAGGUGCUGCUGCAGGUGUUGUAGCUGCAUGUGUAUGCAAAUGAGCCAGCAGCUGCUCUUGACAACUUGCCCUACUACCAACCCCUGACAAAAACCUAACUCCUGAUGACAAGCAUCCCUCACCCUCUGUCGACUCAUACAGGUGCUGCUGCAGGUGUUGCAGCUGCAUGUGUAUGCAAAUGAGCCAGCAGCUGCUCUUGACAACUUGCCCUACUACCAACCCCUGACAAUAACCUAACUUCUCUUGAUGACAAGCAUCCCUUGCUUCCCUCUCUCUCAACACAGGUGCAGCUACAGGUGAAGCUGCAGGUGCUGCAGCUGUGUAUGCAAACGAGCCAGCAGCUUCUGCUCUUAUUACUGGUAACCUGCUCUGCCGCUACCCCCUGACACAGAAAUCUUAAUGAUUGCUUAUCAAUUAUGAAGAUUAUACAUGUGCACAACUUCUAUAAAUUACACCUAUAUCCAUGUCAUGGAUAAUACAUGUACAUGCAUGUGCACAGCUUGAUAGGGCCUAGGGGAAAAAAUGAUGUGUUUUCUGAUUGUCAACCGACCCUAGAAAAAACUGCUGACCCUAGCCUUUUUUUGGAGUGAACCCCUAGGCCCUGCAAGGGACAUAAAUUUUUCAAGCUGAUUGAGCUACAUGUAUUCUAACUCCAUGAUCUGACACCUGAGUGACAAAACGUUGACAUACAAUCAGUUUUUUUCUAACAUUGAACAUCAUGCAGGUUUUACUUUGUUAAACUGUAUAAUAAUGUAUAAGCUAGAUCACUAGAGAUUGUUAGCUGGUGUGUUAUACUAAAUGGUCCUUACACUGUUUGACAAAUUCACAUGGAACAGGUUUUAAAAUUUCAAAUUGCUAUCAUAUAAUGAAAGAAGUUAAAAUUGUAUUGAUAACAUGAACACUGUUAAUAUGUUUGCAAAAAUUUGUAAGAAGGGAAUAUGUCAAUUAAGUUUUCCAUUGUUACAAUUAUUGUACACAUUGAAAUAGAGCAAUUUUUUGUUAGUGUGACAACUGUCAUGUACUGCAUAUGUCACCAAACAUUAUAUUGUAUACAGUGUCAGUAAGUAGUAGUUGCACAUUGUACAACAUAAAGGACUUAUUAGUAGGUUUUUUAGUCAUUUAGGUGUUAUAAGUCUUGGAUCAUUAAAAAUUUAAUACAAAAAUGUACCAAGUAGGUGCAGGUAGACAUCAGAAAUAUGUGUACAUCCCUAGUUUCACAGGUGCACAAACCCGUUUUUAAUUGCAUUUUAUGCAGGAAGUAUUUUAUAUGCCUGUGUGCAUAUGAUAGUGGUUUCAGCACCAAGGACAGGAUUGCAAGGAGAAAAUCUUAUUUUUUCCUGUGGGAUGAUUGAAUUAAAUUUAUGUUUUAAUUUGUAUUUGUUUGUAAUUAUUCAGACCAUACAUUUAAUAAAUAAUAUUGUUAUUGCCUGAUACAAAAAUCAUUUUAAAAAAUCUGUUUUAUAUAAAGUUCAGAAUCAAUUUUGGUACUGAUCAGUAAACUUGCAUAAAUUAUGUUAAUAUCAA